AAAACUCGUCUUAUUUUUAGUACAAGAAGAUCUUUUCGUGGACGAUAGCAAAAUUAUUUUAGGACCCUUUUUUUAUAAUUGAUUGAUUGAUUCAUUCAUUCAUUCAUUGAUUAAAUUCAUGAUCCAAGUAAAACCCUAACCCAUUUCUUCUUUCUCUCUCUCUCAAACCUCUUAUCGCUCAUGGAAUCGCAACCUAUGCCUGGUCAUAUACCUCAAAACUACAACAAGGAGCGGCUUUUCUUAAGUGGGUCAUCUUCGUAUGCGGUUGAAGAAAUCGAGGAAAUCCCUCCUCCUGCUUGUUGGGUUUCGAAUUCAAGGAAGAAGAUGACUGAGCCUGAACUAAUUUGUAUCGAUUUGGAUGAUGAUGAUGAUGAUGAUGGUUCUGCUGAUGUUGUGCUUAUUAAUGGAAUAACUGAUAGGAAGAACAAGGGGAAGGCUCAUAUAGUGGAUGUUUCUGAUCGACACAAUUCGUUGAAAUCUAGGUCUGGAAGUUGGAUUCCUUGUAAUACAGUGACGAGUUCUGAUUCGGAAACACACAGUGAAAGUAACGAUAGCGAUGAUAUAUAUUGCUGGGAGGAUGAUCAUGUUAUGGCAUCUAAGAAUGAGGAUAAACUUGCUCUAUUUCAAGCACGUCUAGAUAGUAUGGAUAUUCCUGCUGGAGUUGAGGCUUCUAUUCCUUGGUUUCCUGAUUAUGAACAGAACAUACAUGUGCAAUCUACCAGUCUUGGUCUGAACAGUUCAAUGGGUGCAGCACAGUCUAGCAGUGCUGUUCCUAUGGCUAUGUUAGAUAAUGAAUUUCUAUCGUUACCUGUGAAAAACAAGGGAAGUUCUUACGCAGUAGGCAGUUCAAAGCUGAAAACUUACAAAGAAUGGAAAUUGGGAAUAAUGUUUCUAUUUUCUGAUGAUGCAGCUAAGACCAUUUCAAAGGAUAUUCAUGGAGAUGGGAAGUCUCACUUCAAAUUAUACCCGCCUAAUCCUUAUGGUUUUCAUAUGGGCAGUGGACUCUUGCAUCAACUACCAUCUUAUAAUUAUUCUGUACCUGUUUCCUUCUCAUCAGUCUUUGUGUCAAAUCCUCCUCCCCCUCCUGGAAAUUUUAUUCCCGUUUGGGGGGAUUACUCCCCAUUUGGACAUGAUCAAUUUAACGUUUCAAAUGAUGCGGCAUAUACUAAUGGAUAUAAUCUUGUGAAUAAUAUUCCUGAGAUGUCUAUGUAUUCUACUGGAGUUGUCCAUGAGGAACCUGCAGGAUCUAUGCCAGCUGUUUCUCUUCCUAUAAACUCUAGCACUGAGGAGAUCUUGAGGAAGCACCAAGAAUUCAAGAGAUUCGACACAGUUGAGGACCACUCAGAUCAUCAUUUUGCUAAUCGUACUUCAAUGAGGCAGCCAUCAAAAACAUGGGCAAAGAAAAUACAGGAUGAGUGGAGAGUCUUGGAGAAGGACUUGCCAGACACCAUAUUUGUUCGGGUCUACGAAUCCAGAAUGGACCUUUUGAGAGCUGUUAUUAUAGGAGCAGAGGGUACUCCUUACCAUGACGGACUCUUCUUCUUUGAUGUGUACUUCCCUGCUGACUAUCCUAAUCUUCCACCUCAUGUCCACUAUCACUCUGGAGGUCUUCGAAUUAACCCUAAUUUGUAUAACUGUGGAAAAGUAUGCCUGAGUCUUCUUAACACUUGGAGUGGCAGAGGAAAUGAGAAAUGGGUCCCGGGGAUAUCAACCAUGUUACAAGUUCUAGUUUCUAUUCAGGCAUUGGUUCUUAAUGCAAAACCCUACUUUAAUGAGCCAGGAUAUGCUGGGUCAGAGGGGACAUCUGGAGGUGAAAAGCAAUCACGGAAUUAUAACGAUAAUGCAUUUAAUCUUUCUCUCAAAACGAUUUUGUACACAAUGAGGCGACCGGCAAAGUAUUUUGAAGACUUGAUUAUUGGCCAUUUCUAUAAUCGUGGUCAAGAUAUACUUGCGGCCUGUCAAGCUUAUAAGAAUGGAGCUCAGGUUGGAAGCUUUACCAAGAAUCAAUCUUCUGAUGUUACUAGCCAUGGUCAAAACAAGAUCAACAGCUCAGCUUCUUUCAAGAACGGUUUGACUGCAUUAACCUCUCAGCUUGUGCAAGCAUUUACCCAAAUUGGUCUAAAAGAUUGCGAGAAGUUCCUUAAUGCUCCUCCUACUAUUGCCGUUACUGCAGAAAAUGGAAAUAAACUGAUGUCCCAUGCAAUAGCUGCCACAGUGCCUAAGAAGAAGCAACGAAUGGCGGCUAUGAGGUAGUAGUUGGUUGGUUUUCAUUUUUUUGGUCGAAUUAGGUGAACUAAAUUGGCUGAGUUACUUCACAUGAUCUAAUAAGAGGGUUUAAAGAGUGAGUAUAUAUAUUGAAUCAAAAUGCACUAGGAGUUGGUUCUUAUGUCUGCCUCUUCUUCUUUUUCUUCUUCUUUUAUGAUUGUGGAUUUUUCUAGACUUGAAUUUUGGGUAUCUAACUUUGAUGGAUGGAUUAUAAACAUAUUCUUGGUUUAUUGACUAA